GGCCUCUGACCUGUUCCUGCUGGACACACGGGUGGUGUGGGCCUCGGAGGAGGGCUGGCUGGAGUUUGAUGUCACUGCCACCAGCAACAUGUGGGUGAUGAACCCUCAGCACAACAUGGGACUGCAGCUGAGCGUGGUGACCCGAGAUGGCUUCAGCAUCACUCCCAGGGAAGCAGGUCUUGUGGGACGAGAUGGCCCCUACGACAAGCAGCCUUUCAUGGUGGCCUUCUUCAAAGUGAGCGAGGUGCACGUGAGGACCACGAGGUCAGCGGCCAGCAGGCGCAGGCAGCAGAGCAGGAACCGCUCCACCCAGGCUCAGGAUGUCUCCAGGGUGUCUGGGGUCACAG